CGAGAGUUGGCUUACAUGCAAUUUGUUGACCCUUCCGGACAGUGGUCGAUUUCAAGAGCUCGUGUAUGCGUCUGACUGAGAUCGAGCUGAAAUGGUAUAAAUCGGUUUGAUUGGAUUAGUCAACUGACCUCCUUCCGGCUGGCUUACAAUCUUAUCCAUAGCCUCUAUUCCUUUUUUCUUUUCUUUUCCGUUCGCCGGUGCAAGCUUGGAAUAGUGGCCAAGUGUUCUAUGCACAUAUCGAAUCAAUCUUUGUAUCCUACGUAAUACUCCAAAUCAAGCUCUCCCCGCUAAAAUAAAUAUUUAAAUGGUUACUCAACUCGAUCACCAGUACAUAGAACAAUGAUGAUAUCAUAAUAAGAGUCUGCUGUUGAUCAAGCCAGCUGAUCUCCGAUCCUUCCAGCAGAGUACUCUUUAACCCUUCCCACCUCGCCCCUCUUGACUGCUUUCUUCCUCCCCUCCUCCCAACAACUAUCCUCAGCAGAACAAUAAGCUAAUAAUACUCCCUCCAUCCUCAAGAUCUCCUCGGUGUCUUACUGCUCCACCGAAUCAGACAUCCUUCAUCACCUUUUGUGUUUCCGCGGUAUUACUCUAUAUUCCUGAUAGCCUGUCGACCACCAUGUCUACUGCUACCCCCGCUCACCAUCAAAGUCUUCUACACAGGCUCAUUCUUCCUGUGAUCUACUCCUUUGUCUUCUUACUCUCGGUGAUUCAAUUCAUCAUUACUGCCGUCCUGGUCCAUGAUUAUGAGAUCAUGGAUAUCCUACCAUAGCAUCCGUGACAGACUACGUUUUCUCCUGUUCACCUCGUGCUGGUGCUUGCUUUUCAUACCGAUCUACCUUUUCGCCAACUUGAGACUUCCCGGUCAAGCCCUCUCUUCCGUCUUGUCGAACGUCGGCUUCAUCUCGUUGACGUGGCUCUUUUGGUUAUGCGGAGCUGCCUCCUGGACCGACGCCUUGGGCGGAACCUUACACUGCGGCGAUCUCUUCCUCAGAAAUCAAGUUAUCGACGUCAGCAUCCCUUACUGUGGGUCUUUGAGGGCUGUUCAGGCGUUUGCUUGGAUGAUAUGGCUCCUCUUCUCGGCUGCAUUGUUGUAUAUCUCCACCGUGGCAUUCCAGGCGAAGUCUCACCCGACCGGUCUGAAGGGCCCGAUGCGCGAAGUUCCCGCGCCCACCUCCGCCGCAUAAUCAACUUCAAGCUUCCUUCAACGUACCGCUUGGCACGUUUUUUUACUCAUCUCAUUUUCUCUCGGGCACAGUAAACUCCACAAGAAGAGGCGUUUGUAGCUUCGAGGCAAGCGUAAAUCACUUAAAAACCAUGUUGUAAACCACCAAACAUGACCGUGUUGUUCAAAAAUCGAUUUCUUCUCGCUUUGUAAAUCACCUUUCAAGUAUUUGUGAAUUUUAUUCUGCUGGCAAUAGGCUUCCUGAAGGAAAGCAUAUCCACACUUCCAUUACUCCUCUUCCGCAGAUAUUGACUGAGGAAGUUGGCUGCAAAUAGCACUUAUCCACCCUCAAUCGUCAAUGGGGGGGAGGGCGAGACUUAC